UAACAUGUGGCUUCAGGUCGGCACCGUACUAGCAAUAUAGGAGUAUUACAUAUAUGAUUAUAAGUAAUUACCUCUCAACCGUUGUACAACUGUUGAGUUGUCUGAACGCGCUAUGAGGUUGUGUGUGCAUCCCCUUUAUGCUACCGCGUGCAACCAAGCGUCGGAAUCCGGCAUCACUGGUGAUAGUGACUAUGAAAAAAUCGAAGAAACAGUGAAAAUCCUUUCUAAUAAAGAAAUGGAAGACGACAUGAAUGAGUUUUUACAUGAUGGUAACUCUGUUUCGAGUGGAUGGGCAGAUGCUAUGCAGAAGAUCUUAAAAACAAACAAGCCAAAGAGAAAGAAAACUAUUGUACUGUCUAAAGCAAAGAAGUUGUUUGUUGUAAAAGACAAAGAAAAAAAUAUUUCCUUUGAAAUUGAUGGUGCUCAAGAUGAGAAGAAAACAAAAUCAGAAAAAGCUAGUGCAAACAUAAAGAAAAUUUCACAAUUUAAACAAAAAUCAAAGGAGAAAACUCUUGGUAUAAGAAUAAAACCAUCUAUUACAGAUUGUACACAUGAGAGAAUGUUACAGAAGAUAGCUACAAAAGGAGUUGUGCAACUGUUUAAUGUUGUAAGGCAGCAACAAGCAACAAUUAGUAAAAAAAUAUCAGAAGCAGGACCAUUAGAAAGAAAACGUGAGAAAGUACUUAAAAGUAUUAACAAAAAUACUUUUCUUGAUCUUCUUAUGGGCAAUAGUAAAAGUAUAUCAAUUAAAGAUGUUGAUAAAAUGAAAAACUCUCAACAGACAAACAAAAAUGAAAAUAAGACCGAGAAAAUCUGGAGUGUUCUUCAUGAUGACUUCAUUAUGAAAGCUGGGUUGAAAAACUGGGACAAGAAGGAAGAUACAGAAGAAAAUUCUUCACUACCUGAGGAAUUGAAUAAUGAUGAUGAUAACGAUGAUGAGUAGAACUAAAAAUUAUUGUACAUUAUCUUAAUUAAAUUGACUAAA